CUCCCACGCUUCUCCCGGAGCUCUACGUGGCGCCGUCGUGGGUCCCAGGGGAGUCGCGAGAGCACCUGGAGCCUCGGGCACCCAGGGGACCAGGGCGCAUGGUGGCCGCCUCGCCCGGCUCACAGCUGGUGGAGCGCUCCCUCCCGGAUCCCCUUAAGUGAAGACGCUCGGUCUAGCGCCCGGCAAAUAACGUUAUCCAAUUGCUUCCCGUUUUAUUCGCAGGCUGGGAGCUGCCAGAGCCAGAGCGUUCCCUCGCUAGUGCUCCAGGGGAGGAGGGAGGCGGGCGGGGACCAGGGGACUGCUUGGCUGCUCCACCUUGCGAGAGGCCAGAGUGCCCCGGCCCCGACAGAGGCCAGCAGCGCCAGGAGCCCCGCAGCAGAGCGCCGGGCCACCCGGAUCCCUGUGAUGGAGAUGGCAGAGGCGGAAUUGCACAAGGAGAGGCUGCAAGCCAUAGCAGAAAAAAGAAAGAGGCAGACAGAAAUAGAAGGGAAGAGAAGGCAGCUCGACGAGCAAGUACUGCUGCUGCAGCAUUCUAAGUCCAAAGUGCUUCGGGAAAAAUGGCUGCUGCAGGGUGUACCUGCAGGAACAGAGGAGGAGGAGGAAGCCAGGAGAAGGCAGUCUGAGGAGGACGAGCUCAAAGUCAAGCAGCUUGAGGAUAACAUUCAGAGGCUGGAGCAGGAAAUACAAGCGCUCGAAAGUGAAGAGUCCCAGAUAUCUGCCAAAGAGCAGAUCAUCCUCGAGAAACUGAAGGAGACAGAGAAAUCCUUCAAGGACUUGCAGAAGAGUUUCUCCACUGCUGAUGGAGCUAUAUACGCCAUGGAAAUUAAUGUGGAGAAAGACAAACAGACAGGAGAGACCAAGAUUCUCUCUGCAUCCACCAUUGGCCCAGAGGGGGUCCAUCAGAGAGGAGUCAAAGUCUAUGAUGAUGGUACCAAAGUAGUGUAUGAGGUGCACUCAGGAGGCACCGUGGUAGAAAACGGAGUCCACAAACUAAGCGCAAAGGAUGUGGAAGAACUAAUUCAGAAGGCUGGACAAUCAAGCUUCAGGGGACACAUGUCGGAAAGGACUGUUAUUGCAGAUGGGAGCCUGGGCCACCCCAAAGAACACAUGCUCUGCAAAGAAGCCAAGUUAGAAAUGGUGCAAAAGUCUAGGAAAGAUCACGCUUCGGGAAACCCCGGGCAGCAGGCCCAGCCCUCCAGCACGGAAGGGCCAGAGGCAAACCUGGAUCAACCCGUCACCAUGAUUUUUAUGGGCUACCAAAACAUCGAAGAUGAAGAGGAGACUAAAAAGGUGCUAGGCUACGACGAAACCAUCAAGGCCGAAUUAGUCCUGAUCGAUGAAGACGAUGAGAAGUCCCUAAGAGAGAAGACAGUGACAGACGUGUCCACAAUCGAUGGAAACGCAGCUGAGCUGGUGUCUGGGAGACCCAUGUCGGACACCACAGAACCCUCAUCCCCAGAAGGCAAGGAAGAGAGCCUGGCCACAGAACCGGCCCCAGCAUCUGGGUGGUCCGGUGUGCUGCUUCAGGGGGAUGAGGCAACUGCGGAUCCUAUAAGAACCAACGAAGACAUGGCCAUCGAGAAGCCUUCCCAGCUUUCUGAGGAUGCUAACCAGCUGAGAAGCAAGCAAGACAACUGUGGUGACAUUCGCCUGGAGCUUGCUGCCAGCUCUCUCUCUCCAGAUCACAAAAACAUGGAAAUUGAGGUGUCUGUGGCAGAAUGUAAAAGUGUGCCUGGCAUCACCUCUACACCCCAUUCCAAGGACCACUCUUCCCUCUCUUAUUCCCCAUCACACAACGGCCUCCUCACUGAUCAGCAUGAGUCCUUAGAUAAUGAUGUCGCCAGAGAGAUCCAGUAUCUAGAUGAGGUGCUGGAGGCCAACUGCUGUGAUUCCUCUGUGGAUGGAACUUAUAACGGAAUCUCCUCCACAGAGCCUGGUGCAGCCAGACUAGUGAGCAGCCAGGGUUCACCUGCCGAUCCACCUGCCACUACCCAGGCAAAACCCACUGAGAAAGCAUCUGGCAGGCAGGUGCCUCCUCACAUUGAGCUCAGUAGAAGCCCUUCUGAUACCAUGGCUGAAGGAGAAAGAGCCAAUGGACACUCCACUGACCAGCCCCAAGGCCUGCUGGGAGAUGACCUGCAGGCACCUGCCAGCCCUAGCUCCUCUAUCAGCUCGCACUGUUCCUCUCGAGAUGGAGAGUUCACGCUCACCACACUGAAGAAGGAGGCCAAGUUUGAGCUCCGUGCCUUCCACGAGGACAAGAAGCCCUCCAAACUCUUUGAGGAGGAUGAGCGCGAGAAGGAGCAGUUCUGCGUGCGGAAAGUGAGGCCCUCAGAAGAGAUGCUAGAGCUGGAGAAGGAGCGGAGGGAGCUCAUUCGGAGUCAGGCUGUAAAGAAGAACCCUGGCAUUGCUGCCAAGUGGUGGAAUCCACCCCAGGAAAAAACUAUCGAGGAACAGCUGGACGAGGAACAUCUGGAGUCGCACAGAAAGUACAAGGAGCGGAAAGAGAGAAGGGCACAGCAGGAGCAGCAGCAGCAGCAGCAGCAGCAGCAGCAUCAGAUGCCCCUGUCCCAGCUCUGCACAGCCUCAGCUUCUUAUGAACACCUAGAUGGCACUGAGCACACCAAGGAGGAUGUCGUCACUGAGCAGAUUGACUUCUCUGCUGCACGCAAACAGUUCCAGCUAAUGGAGAAUUCCAGGCAAACACUGGCCAAAGGCCAGAGCACACCAAGGCUGUUCUCCAUUAAGCCUUUCUAUAGACCUCUUGGAUCCAUCAACUCAGACAAGCCACCGACCAUCUUGCGACCAGCUGCUGUCGGGGGACCUCUGGAAGACAGCGGCACACAGGCAGCCAAGGGGCAGAAAGUGUCCUGUGUAUCUGAGAGCCCGUCUGCAGGAGCAGGCCCAGGGAGCACUGCCACUCAGGGAAAGGAAGGGUCGUACAGCGAGCCUUCCAAACGUGGGCCCUUGUCUAAGCUGUGGGCAGAGGAUGGAGAGUUCACGAGUGCCCGGGCCAUUCUUACUGUAGUCAAGGACGAAGAUCAUGGGAUUCUGGACCAGUUUUCAAGAUCCGUCAAUGUAUCUUUGACCCAAGAGGAGCUGGACUCAGGUUUGGAUGAGUUGUCUGUGAGAUCUCAGGACACUACUGUUUUGGAGACUCUAUCCAACGACUUCAGCAUGGACAACAUAAGUGACAGUGGGGCUUCCAAUGAGACACCUACUGCCCUUCAGGAAAACUUGCUGGCUGACUUCUCCCUGACUCAGACUCCCCAAACAGACAACCCCUCCGAGAGUGGAGAUGGGAUCUCCAAGUCGUUCAGCGACCAUGGUUUCUAUUCUUCCUCCACGCUGGGAGAUUCCCCAUCAGUUGAUGACCCCCUGGAGUAUCAGGCUGGGCUCCUGGUGCAGAAUGCCAUUCAACAAGCCAUAGCUGAGCAGGUGGAUAAGGCUGAGUUGCACACCAGCAAGGAGGGAUCAGAACAGCAGGGACCUGAAGCAACAAGGGAGGAAGCCGAAAGCCGGGCUUCUGGCUCCGAGAAACCGCAGAGCAUGUUCGCACCACCUCAGGUGUCCUCUCCUGUUCAAGAGAAAAGGGAUGUAUUACCAAAGAUCCUCCCUGUGGAGGACAAGGCACUCAGGGAAAAGGGGCCCUCCCAGCCGCCGACGGCUCUGCAGCCCAGUGGGCCGGUCAACAUGGAGGAGAGCAGGCCCGAAGGAGGGUAUUUCAGCAAGUACUCAGAGGCAGCCGAGCUGAGAAGCACAGCCUCCCUCCUGGCUACUCAAGAGUCUGAUGUCAUGGUUGGGCCCUUCAAACUGAGGUCAAGGAAGCAGCGGACUUUGUCCAUGAUUGAAGAAGAGAUCCGAGCAGCCCAGGAAAGGGAAGAGGAGUUGAAGCGGCAGAGGCAGGUGGCUCAGAGCAGUCCGAGCCCCAGGGCCAAAAACACCCCAUCGCUGCCUUCUAGAACCACCUGCUACAAAACUGCUCCAGGGAAAAUAGAGAAAGUCAAACCUCCUCCAUCCCCCACAACUGAAGGUCCCAGCUUGCAGCCUGACUUAUCCCCUGAAGAGGCUGCCGGAACCCAGCGGCCCAAGAACCUGAUGCAGACCCUCAUGGAAGACUAUGAGACACACAAAUCUAAAAGGCGCGAGAGAUUGGAUGAUAGUAGUUACACCUCUAAGUUACUGUCUUGCAAGGUGACUUCCGAGGUCCUGGAGGCCACACGGGUUAAUCGAAGAAAGAGUGCUCUGGCCUUGCGCUGGGAGGCAGGAAUUUAUGCCAAUCAGGAGGAGGAGGACGAUGAAUAAGCUUCCUGCAGCCCAGGAGACUUCUUUGCUGAAGGAGUUUCAGCAAAGAAACCAAGAAAUUAUCAAUUCAGAAGCAUUUUAACAGACUAUUUAUUAAAGUGCAUACAAACUCAACAAUCCUCAUGUAGACCAGAAGCUGCAAUACACCGUGAUUAAAAACAAAAGCAAA